ACCAAAACUAACAAAGUGUUAAAAAAUAAACCGUGGAAUAACUGAAACAAUCGAUUUUAUUGUAGCGCUGCAUUGAAUGCCUCACGCCUUUCCUACUGGUCCAUGAACGCAUCACCAGCUGCUCUGUGAGCUGAUUGGCUGCGGUUGCUAUGGGGGCCACCCUGGUCGCCAUGACGACGUGUCUUAAGGAGGGAUUUGUUCAAUCACAGUUUCAGACUUUCGCAGCGUCGUCCUCCGAACGUCUGCGUGCGGACAUGCGAGCAGGGAAGAAUACGUAUGUGAGAGGGGACAUAAGUUACUGAACCGCGCAGGCGACAGAAAAGCAGCGAGAAGACGCGCAUGGGAAACGAAGAGGGAAGUUUUCUCACUUCUAAGUUGCCCCUGUAGUCGGCUACGAGCUAACGGAGUUGCUAAUAGUUUGAAAAGUUUCCCGAGCGAGCUGGGCUGCUUGUCCCGGACUGAGACGGACUCAUGACGGUGGAAGGAGUGCGGCAUUCCCAGAUCCUUUCCGCCCUCUUUAGGUCGACGGACGAGUCCGAGUCGCUGGGCACAGCUGAGUUUAUUAAAGAGCGUUUGUACUUCGCCACGUUACGCAGCAAACCCAAAAGCACCGCCAACACCCACUACUUCUGCACAGACGAUGAGUUUGUAUAUGAGAAUUUCUACGCCGACUUCGGGCCUCUCAAUCUGGCCAUGUUGUUCCGCUACUGCUGUAAACUCAACAAGAAACUGAAGUCGUUCACAUUGACCAGAAAGCGAAUAGUUCACUACACCAGCUUUGACCAGAGAAAGCGGUCCAAUGCUGCUGUGCUAAUCGGAGGAUAUGCUGUUGUCUACUUGAAGAAAACACCAGAAGAAGCCUACAGAGCUCUAAUCUCUGGAUCUAACGCCUCCUAUCUCCCCUUCAGAGACGCCUCUUUCGGAAAUUGCACCUUCAACCUCUCAGUGCUGGAUUGUCUUCAGGGUAUCAGGAAGGCUCUGCAACACGGAUUCUUCAACUUCGAAACCUUUGACGUGGACGAGUACGAACACUAUGAGCGUGUGGAGAACGGGGACCUGAACUGGAUCGUCCCGGGAAAGUUCCUGGCCUUCAGCGGCCCACACCCCAAAACCAAAAUAGAGAAUGGUUACCCACUCCACGCACCCGAGGCCUACUUUCCGUACUUCAGAAGGCACAACGUCACCACCAUCAUCCGCCUCAACAAGAAGAUCUACGAUGCCAAGCGCUUCACUGACGGUGGCUUUGACCACUACGACCUCUUCUUCCUAGAUGGCAGCACGCCCAGUGACAUCAUCACACGCCGCUUCCUGCACGUGUGCGAGAGCACAAAUGGCGCUGUGGCGGUCCACUGCAAAGCUGGUCUUGGCAGGACGGGCACUCUGAUUGGCUGUUAUCUCAUGAAACAUUAUCGCUUCACUGCAGCCGAGGCCAUCGCCUGGAUCCGGAUCUGCAGACCGGGCUCGGUCAUCGGACCCCAGCAGCACUUCCUGGAAGAGAAACAGGCAUCGCUGUGGCUUCAGGGAGACAACCAGCGCACCCAGAAGGCCCAGCAGGAGGAACGAGCUAUGCCUCACCUCAUCACCAGCUUGGACAACCUCAGUCUCAACUCCACCCAUAACAUCACCAACGGCAACAUCCAUCGCUCUGCCGGCCCGGACCGUCUGCAUGAGAAUGAGUCCGGAGAUCCAAGUCUGACUCAGGGAGACAAGCUCAGAGCCUUAAAGAGUCGGCGUCAGCCGCGUGCCGCCACUACCGGAACCCUGAGAAUGGAGGACAUGAAGCUGCACAGUAGAUCUUCGUCACAGCCGCUCAGAAUGUCAGCGGGGCUCGGUCAAGGACCUGCAUCCCCACUCAAGACCUCAAAGUUCUCCCCAUCCUCUGCUUCUGCUGCAGCCAAGAGGAUUGGCCGAAGUCCUGCGUCUUCAGCACCCAACAUGAGGAGCUCCGCUCUUGGCUCCCGACUGGCCAGCUCACUGAGCGAUCUGUACGCUGUGGACUUGGAGGAGGACAGGACUACCUCGUAUGCUCCUCUCCCUCCCCCAUCCUCCUCCUCCCCCAUGUCCAAUAGCUCCUCCACCUCCUCUGCGGCCCCACCCUCCCUCUUUCGCUAUAGUAACGGACCUCGUAUGCGGGAGGUCAACAACAACAACAACGGGUCGUACGGCAGUUCCGCAGCUCCCCCAACCCGGCCGAUGCAGGACUUCAGGCCGCAGCGUGGCCCGGGUUCUUACGGUGGCCUGAAGGGCCCUUCGGGACGAUACCUAAGCCGCUCCAUACCUUUGAGAGUGAGGAGUGCAAAUGUGGUGCAGGAGUGACUCUCAGCUCACUUUGUCUCUUGACUCUGUCUCCACUGUCCUCAUCACUCCUGCUUGAAAUCACAUGACCAACAUCCCUUCCCGUUUGAUGACUGCUGGUGUUUCUCCCAAAGUUGUGAGUCUGUGUGCGAGUGUGGUGGUGUGUCUUGUUUCUCCAGGUGUCAUGUUGCUAACACACUAACACAAAAGCUGCUGCUGCGCUGAGGAACCCACCUUGUAGUCACGCACCAUUAGUGGUCCGGUCACUCACUGGUCUCACCUAACGGUGAAAUGAAACUCACAACUCCUCAAGUUUGUGUCCAACAUUUGACCUCAGAGAUCCUGAGAGUCAGUUUGACAGUGUUCAGAGUUGAACACUGUUGUACUGUAAAGUGCGGCCCACUUGCACACAUUGAACACACACCUAAGUACAUGUGUCGUCGCCAGAGAUGUAGAGUAAUGAACUACAAAUACCUCCUCACGGUACUGAAGUAUAGGUUAUAGGGCUGCAGCUAAAGACUAUUUUGAUCACGAGUCGUGACUUGACGUGUGCGGGGUGAUGAAUCCACAGAUCGGUCAGAUUGGAGUGUCAGAAAUGGUAAUAAUAGUUAAAGGGAAAAAUGCAUGUAAAUAAUUGCAUCAUGUUGUUCAAUUUUGUUUUUAUUUGUCAUUUGUCAAAAAUGUGUUAAGGUAUGUUUAGCAGUUGCUUCUGUAGUGUGUAUCUCUGUGUGCUCUUUGAACUGUCACUCCACCAUAAAUCAAAGUACUGAUCUGUGAUUCUACUAUGUUUCUCCACACGUGUCACUCAACCGUCACAUCAAAUGUCAUUCAUUCACAACCUCUCCACUGAUUUCGUGCUUUCAUUGUGACACUCCUGUUGAGCGUUUCCUUUCUUUUAUUCAAGAAUCAGAGUGGAGUCAAAGUGAAAAAAAAGAAGUUAUUUUUCUAUUUUGGUCAGGCCUUCAUUUUGCUGCAGGUGAUAUGUGUGGCACAAGAAAGGCUGGUGCAGCGAUGAUGGCUUUACUAGUGUGUGUGAGGAUUUAGCUUCUCCAGAGGAUAUAUAUAUAUAUAUAUAUAUAUAUAUAUAUAUAUAUAUAUACGUACACACUGGCCAUAGUCUGUUGCAUUACUUUGACAGAUUUUUAUCUGAUUCAGGGGUGACGUUCUUCUUUAUCACUGAAGCAUCGAUGAUGGCUGGACAUCAUCACUGUUGUUUACAGCGGAACUGUGAACGCCACUGCUGCAUCCCCCGCUCUUGUACCACAUCUUUUUCACAUUCACGCUUCCUCCGUCACGGUGUUUUGACUAUGAAUCACCUACAGAAUGUGGAGCUGUCGCGGCUAACAGACAUGCUGUCACUUGGUGCCAAUGCAGCAACCGCUGCAGUCACUUACUGGUCCCGCUGUAUGAUUUCCAUCAGAGUGUGAAUAUUACUCUUCUGAAUCUGAUACAGUCUAAUUUGCGCUCUGUUUUUCUCUUACUGCGAGACUAAAACCGCCAUUGUCUCCAAACAAUGGUUUCAACAAAUGGUUUCAAGCUUUUUUUUUUUUUAAAUCUCGAAAGUUGAAUUGAAACACGCCCCGAAUGUUGCUCCGAUUGAAGAACCAUUGACUGCAAUCUGCUUUCUUACUACAUCAGGCUCUGUAUUUGAGGAUUGACUUGUCUAAAUGUUGAAAUUUUGCGACCGAGUCUUCCAACUAUGGCACACACACAUACAUGUGCAAGUGCUUAUUCAUGCAUGUAUGUGAUGUCUGCAUUUGCCUCCGUUCUUACACUUGUAGAUUGUUGCUCAGUUACGCAGAUCAGCCAGUGGAUGUCGUACAUGCAGAAAUAACUGUUCCUUGGUGAUGUGACUGUUUGUCUGUGUGUUCAGAAACUUUGAGUAGCUUUGUUUCCCCCCACCUCCACCAGUCAUUUGUGUGUCGUCCUCCUCCCUCAAUGCCCACAAAUGUGUGAUGCUGAGAGUGUUUGGUGUUCCCUGCAGCUGGCUGGGAUUUACUCCACCCUGAAAAGUGUGAACCAUGACGCUAAGGACACACGUCUCACUUGGUCGUCUCCU